GUCGUGCAUCUUUUAUUUCUCUUAGGCAAAUAACCUUCUUUAGUAAGAGACUACAUAGGUUGUGGGAAAUUAUUAUAAUUUUUUAAUAAAUAAAUAUUAACAUUUACCCCGCAACAAUUCUUUAUUUCAUUUCAAUUUUUCAUUCUUCUAUUUUAUUUCAUUCUUUUCCUUUUCUUUUCCUUUUCUUUAUCUUUUAUACAUAAUGCUAGCACGUCCUAUUUUUCGUACUAGAGCUAUUGUGAAUUCACACAUCAUAUCGAGAACAAUGGCUUCCAAGGCAUUUGUUAAAUACAACUGGGAAGACCCUUUAAACUUCGAGAAGCUAUUGACUGAAGAUGAAAUUUUUGUUCGUGACGCUGCUCAUAGUUAUUGUCAAGAACGUCUUUUACCUAGAGUGAUUAAUGCUUAUCGUAACGAAAAAUUUGACAGGGAAAUUUUGUCUGAAAUGGGUGAACUUGGAUUUUUAGGCUCAACAAUUGAAGGCUAUGGUUGUGCAGGUGUUUCAUCAGUUGCUUAUGGUUUAACAGCCCGUGAAGUUGAACGUGUUGACUCUGGUUAUAGAUCUGCUAUGUCUGUUCAAUCUUCAUUAGUUAUGCAUCCUAUUAAUGCUUAUGGUACUGAUACACAAAAGGAGAAAUAUCUUCCUCGUUUAGCAAAGGGUGAAAUGGUGGGCUGUUUUGGUUUGACUGAACCUAAUCAUGGCUCUGAUCCUGGAAGUAUGGAGACUACAGCAAAGAAAGUCAAUGGUCAUUAUGUAUUGAAUGGAUCUAAAACAUGGAUUACAAAUUCACCUAUUGCAGAUGUAUUUGUUGUUUGGGCAAAGAAUUUAGAUGAGGAAGGAAAGCCGAUUCGUGGGUUUAUUUUAGAAAAGGGUAUGAAAGGAUUAGAGGCACCUGUCAUUAACGGGAAAUUUUCUCUUCGGGCCUCCGUUACGGGCAUGAUUAUGAUGGACCAUGUAGAGGUACCUAUUGAGAACAUGCUCCCUAAGGCAAAAGGAUUAAGUGGACCCUUUGGUUGUCUGAAUAAUGCUCGUUAUGGUAUUGCAUGGGGUGCCCUGGGUGCAGCAGAGGCUUGUUUAGCACAGGCUCGUUCUUAUACCUUGGAUCGUAAACAAUUUCACCGUCCGUUGGCUGCAAAUCAAUUAAUCCAGAAAAAGUUGGCAGAUGCAAAUACAGAGAUCGCCUUAGGCUUACAGGCUUGUGUUCAAGUAGGUCGUCUUAAGGACUCUGGUGAGCUUGCUCCUGAAAUGAUUUCGAUGAUUAAACGCAAUUCAUGUGGUAAGGCUCUAGCUAUUGCUCGAGAAUGUCGUGACAUGUUGGGUGGUAAUGGUAUCUCGGAUGAGUAUCAUAUAAUCCGUCAUGCUGCUAAUUUAGAGGCUGUAAAUACUUAUGAAGGAACUCAUGAUGUACAUGCUUUAAUCCUUGGUAAAGCUAUUACAGGUAUUCCUGCCUUUGCUAAUUAAAUAAGCACUCUUUAUAACAAUAAUAAACGUGUAAUACUGCUUUAUUCAUUUAUUUACUGAUAGUGAAUGGAGAGAAGAGG